AUGAGAAAGGGAUUGUUGUCUUUGCUCUCUUUUGUCAUCGACACAAGUAAUGCCAUUACUCUUCGCAAAGGGGAGAGCCCGGCUGUUGUUGGGCUUCGAUUCGACCGCCAACAGAACGAUGACAUUCUCAAAAUACAUCGCUCUCCAUCGAGAAGGCGCAACUCGAUACUAUCCGAAGGGCUAUUAAAUGAGCAUGCUAUGACUCUAUACACAGCCAAUGUCACUGCUGGCAGCUCAGAGCAAGAGAUCGCCGUGGUACUAGACACUGGAAGCAGCGACACCUGGUUCAAUAUUCAAUCAUCGAACUUUUGCCAGAACAUGGUGAACGACUGCGAACGAUAUGGGACCUACGACAAUAGCUCAUCAAGAACCUACACAUUCGUCAACCACGAGUUCAACAUCACAUAUAAUGACGGCACCAAGGCGACGGGAGACUAUAUCAAGGAUACAAUUCAGUUCGGGGGAGUUAUGUUAAAACAAUUCCAGUUCGGCAUAGCAGAAGAGAGUACCUCAAAUCGAGGAACAUUGGGUCUUGCAUUUCCUGCGCUUGAAGUCAGUCGCACUGGGUAUCCCAACUUCCCUCAAGCUCUGGUGCAAGCUGGUCACAUCAAGUCGGCCGCGUACAGUCUCUGGAUGGAGGACGUAACCUCCCACAGCGGGACGAUUCUCUUUGGAGGCGUGAACAAGGCGAAGUAUCUGGGACAGCUUCAGACAAUUCCCCUCGAGCCCGCUGGCGGCAUGUAUACGUCCUUGCGUGUCAUAUUGACCGGGCUUGCUCUGCAGCAGCCCGCUUCAAAUAGAACCAAAUAUCCAGAUACCGAAUUCCCCCUUCUUGUCACCAUCGACUCAGGCGCAAGCGUGACUUAUCUGCCCAAAUCGCUCACCACCAAGAUCUACCCCGAUCUUGGGGUCACACACAACGCUGUGUAUGGCGUCCCGGUUCUCCCGUGCUCCAUGAAAGACAAGGACAUUACUCUGACGUUCGAAUUCUCCGGUAUCCGCAUCGAUGUCAGUAUUCACGAGCUCGUUUUGAACGGAAUAGAUAUGGACGGAAACACUGUGUUGUGCGUGUUCGGUAUCUAUACAAGCACCAGUGGAAACCCCGUACUGGGUGAUACAUUCCUCCGCAGCACGUAUGUCGUGUUUGAUCUGGCCAAUCGCGAGAUCUCCAUGACCAACACCAAUUUCAAUCCCGGGGCGGAUGCGAUCCUCGAGAUUGGGGCAGGCAAGGAUGCAGUGCCUGGUGCCACUCCGGUGCCGUCGCCAGCUACCACGGCCGUGAAUAUGCCGACUGCGGUGCCUUUGGCGACGGGAAGAGAGGGAAAACACAACAGCAUAGCGAGUAGUGUGGAGAUGGAUGUGAGGUUGCUUUUUGCUGGCUUGAUUGUUUGUCGUUUGAUGUUACAAGUAAUAGCCAUGUAG